AGCGUUCAACUUUGUUAAGAUGUUAUGAGUGAAAGUCUGAGCGAGCUGCGGGUCAGGUUGUCACUUUAUCCUGUAGCGGAUGAUGGGGUGGACAUGACCAGGUGGCUGCUGGGGGUCAACUGACCUACACACAGCAGCACGAUUACCCGAGUGCGGGGUGGACAUUGCUAUGAGGACAAUGUGCUUAUUCUGUGUCUUGUUAUUAUACAACAUGUGUUGUGUUCAAACAUAAGAUCAUUCAACUAUCUUUUAUCCACUCGUUCAUAUGAAAGGGUCCGUGUGCUAAAUAUCUGCCCUUUACACAAAUAACUGUCGUAAUAAUCUGCUGUCAUUUAUUCUGGUGUUUUCAGUUCCAGGCCGGUGUAAGGUUCCCCCCACAACCCCCCCACCUCUGUCCUCGAUCUCGACAAGCAGCAGCUUCUCGGAUGAGACAGACGGAGCUUCCAGUCUGCAAGAAGAGAGCUUGUCAAAGAGUGUUUGUCCUUAUGGAGAAGAUUUAAUCAGCGACCUCCCGCAGCAAGCCAAUGCUGCGUUUUGUCUGCACCGCCCCAGUUCAAACAAGUAGUCUAUAGCGUGUACUUUUUCCCCCCUACCACCAGCAACAGUCCCCGCAACACUCUCAGCUCGAUUGGACCCAAAUACAAGACCCAAAGGAAAUACUUCUCGUCUUUAUUUUCACCCAGAAGUUGUGCGCCUGUGCUUUCGGGAACCAAGUGCAACCAUGGGGGCCACAGGCUAUGGCUAUUACCGCGCAACCAUCUUCUUCUGCAUGUUCUUCGGCUACUCGCUGUACUUCUUUAACAGGAAGACCUUCUCCUUCGUCAUGCCCUCCGUGAUGGAGGAGAUCAAACUGGACAAGGACGACUUGGGGCUGAUCACCAGCAGCCAGACGAUGGCCUACGCCAUCAGUAAGUUCAUCAGCGGCGUGCUGUCGGACCAGAUCAGCGCCCGCUGGCUCUUCUCCAUCGGCCUCUUGCUGGUGGGCGGCAUCAACGUGGCCUUCUCCUGGUCCUCCACCGUCCCCAUCUUCUCCCUGCUCUGGUUCAUCAACGGCCUGGGCCAAGGCUGCGGCUGGCCCCCGUGUGGCAAAGUGCUGCGCAAGUGGUUUGAGCCCUCCCAGUUUGGAACAUGGUGGUCUGUGCUGUCCUGCAGUAUGAACCUGGCCGGGAGUCUGGGUCCGAUCCUGGCGACGGUUCUCCUGCAGUACUACGACUGGAGGACCAUCCUGUCCAUGUCGGGGAUCGUCUGCGCCUCCUUCUCGAUUGUUUGUGUGGUUUUCAUAAAGAACGAGCCGAAGGACGUGGGCCUGCCCAGCAUUGAGGCGGCGGCCAAGAAGGGGGCUAAGGGAGGCAACGGUGAGAGCACCCUGAAAGAGUUCCUCCUCUCCCCUUUCCUGUGGGUGCUGUCUCUGGGCUACUUGGUGGUGUUCGGGGUGAAGACGGCUGCCACUGACUGGGGACAGCUGUUCCUCAUGCAGGAGAAAGGCCAGACUGUUCUUAUGGGGAGUACCUACAUGAGUGCCUUGGAGCUGGGAGGCUUCGUGGGCAGCCUUACAGCCGGGUUCCUCUCUGAUCGGGCCGUGGCUCAGCGAGGCUUGGGCACCCACGGCAACCCUCGCCACAGCCUGCUCCUUCUCAUGAUGGCCGGCAUGUGUGUGUCCAUGUUCCUCUUCAGGGUCACCAUCACACCUGAGAUGCCGAAGGAGGCUCCUCUUUGGGUCCAAGCCCUUCAUCCUGUCUCCGUCCUCGUUGGCGUGCCAGAAAAAGAGAUCUGGAUCCUGUUCCUCGGUGCGAUGUUUGGAUUUUCCUCCUACGGCCCAAUCGCCUUGUUCGGGGUGAUCGCCAGUGAAAGUGCCCCUUCGAAUUUUUGUGGAACCUCACAUGCCGUUGUCGCUCUGAUGGCGAAUGUUGGGGCUUUCAUGGCGGGCCUUCCCUUCAGCACCAUCGCCAAGAAACACAGCUGGGACACGGCCUUCUGGGUUGCCGAGGUGACAAUGGCCGUCGCCACCGUUGCCUUCUUCCUGGCGCGCAACAUGCGCACCAAGAUGGGACGGAUCGCAGAGAAGACGGACUAAUGUAUCGUCCUGAAAUGACCUGUCAUGUGACUAGACGGGCAGUGGUCCCGCACUGUUGACGGCUCUUUAUAUACAGAGUGCUGCACAUUAAUACAACGCCAAUUAGACCAAACUAAACCACGGCAUCUUGGAAAAAUCCCUUUAGGUUCACAAUCCGGUGCCUCACAUAAAACCUAGAGAUGCACCGAUAUUAGAUAUUAGUCUGAUACUAUCUCAACUAGCUGGAUAUCUGUCACUAUAGGACCAUCUGGUAUGAUUAUUAGAAUUUAUAAUGAUAUAAAAUAAUAAUUUAGUGCAUAUCAGUAUUUCAUUGUAACAUUCUGUCUUACAAGUCAAGCCUGGUGUUGCCUUGCACAUAAGAUCCCAGUCUCUUCCACACAGUGAGGCACACUAACUAAACACUGCUAUGGGAUCAGUUCUCUGUAUGGGCCGUUCCCAAAGCCCAGGUAUUGGUAUCAGGACUGGAAAGAUCUGAUUGGUGCAUCUCUAAUUCAUCCUGCACAUCGGUCCUUUCAUUGCGUUGACUUCAUCCGAGAGGUAGCUUUCAUGUGGAGACACAUUUAAGACGGCUGUAUAGUUAAAAAGAACGUGGACGUGAAUGUGUGCGAACAUCUGAGCUGAUUCCUUUUAGAUGAAUGUGUGCUGCUGCUCAUGUCUCUUACUGACGGGCCCGUCUAGUCUAGAUCUUUCUUUGUCUAACUAUGUGCACCGAGGUCGUAGUACGCGUCAUGGCCAUAACUGUAAAAGGCUCAUUAUCUCACCAAAAUGUAGUAAUAGGAGAGCAAUAUUUGUAUACACAAGAUCCAGAAUAACACUGAUGUCCUUAAAGAUGGACAGGUGUGUUAUCACUGCCACUUAUGACACUAGAUUGUAUACCGUUAACUUUCUCAUCCAAAAUUAAUCUGUGACUUUUGACAACUCUUAUUACUGGUGAUUCUACCCUGGACAUCGAAUAAAUGUGAAGUUUA